UAUUAUUCAAUCUUUUAUUCAUUACAUAACACGUUCGGUUCGUGUAUUGUAAAGCGAACAAACGCUUUGUCGAGGUUGGGAGUUUUGAUAGGAAUUUGGAAACGUGCGGUGUUUUAUUUUGAAAUAACGUAUCGGAAAUGACCCGACCAGCCGAGAAAACAAGCCAGUUCCUCCAUGUCGGACCUAUCAGAUGUCUCUCUGGAUGUUUAGGACUGUUGUAAAACGAUUUCAGAACAAAUGGAGGUCGUACAGACACAGGUUCGUGCCUUGGGUUGUACUGAACCUGUCUAAAAAUGAGAAAACUCUGCGACACGUGACGGAGCCCUCCAAAGACAAACUAGUCCCAGAUGAGGAAGUUUCACGGAGGCUGCUGAAGCUCUUCAGAGUCCUGCUCGGGAGUCAUCAUGGGGAGAUCCGAGCAGCUCACACUCACUUUCUCACACAGGGAACAAGUGGAGAAGACACGUGUGGAGGAGAUCCAGCGUGUGGACUUGAUGCCAUGUUACAGUCUCUGGGGUUCUGCAUUGACCGGAAGCCGAGCACUUUGCCCUUUGCAGGCACUGGAGUGUUUGUCACCAAAGGAUUGGUGCCCAAAGGAGCCACAGUUGCCAUGUACCCUGGCACGGUGUACCAAGCCUAUGAGCCAAUUCUCCUCCAGUCCAUCAGAAACCCUUUUGUAUUCAGGUGUAUUGAUGGUGUCCUGAUUGAUGGCAAUGACAAGGGCAUCUCCAAAAUGGUGUUCAGGUCAUGCAGUGGCAGAGACAGAAUGGGCCCUUUCAUGAUGAGUGACACCAGCUGGCUCACAGAAAGUCCACAAAACCCACUUGCUGUCGGUCAGUACGUGAACAACUGUUCCAACAACAGGCCUGCUAAUGUGUGCUACCAGGAGUAUGACGUGCCGGACAAAUUUCCCAUCGAGCUCCGCCAGUAUCUGCCCAAUGUCAACUACAGCCUGGACACACAGAGGCCUCUGCGCUGUGUUGUCCUUGUAGCACUCAGAGACAUCAGAGCAGGAGAGGAACUCUUCUCCAACUACUACACCAUCGUGCAUUAGAGUCAGAGUACACUCCACUCUUCUGCUUUGGUGUCAGAGCAGAAGAAAAUGUACAUUUCUGUCCUCCAAAGAUAAAAAAAAAUCUCUUUGUGCACUCAGCAUUGCACUGGAAUAAAGACAAAACACAUCCUGUAUGGUUAUUGUAAUAUGAAAGAUAUGAAGCUGCACUUAUCUGCCAGUGUUGAAUUGUAUUGUAGGAAUAUACAGAAAGAGUCAAGAUUCAUUAAUUUGUUGCAAGUAAAACAGGGCACAGACGAGGUACUCAGGUCCUUUACUGAAGUAAAAGUAGUGGUGCAAUUGACCCAAUUACAAGUAGUACAAGAUUCUGCAUAAGUACUCAAGUAUCCAAAAUGAAAAAAACAUGCACUGGCAUGUUAUGUAUUAAAUGCAAUUAAAUGUUAUUUGUAUUGUAUAUGUAUUAAAUACAUAUUAUUAGAUUGUUAGUGUUUUAUUAAUCUGUAAGAUGCAUGCUCUGACGAAGGUGAAGUUAACACUGCUGGGUAUAAUUCAUGUGGUACUCAUAUGGAACUAAU